UUUAUUUUAUUUCCCUCCUCCCGUCGGCAGCGCCGGAUCCCUGCGUGGGAACCGCUCUCAUUUGGGGUAACUGAUAGAGGACACCUUCCCUUCCCACAAUGGCACAGAGAUCUGGGCAGGAAGAUCCUGAGAGAUACCUCUUUGUGGACAGGGCUGUCAUCUACAACCCUGCCACCCAGGCUGAUUGGACUGCCAAGAAGUUGGUGUGGAUUCCUUCAGAACGCCAUGGUUUUGAGGCAGCCAGCAUCAAGGAGGAAAAGGGGGACGAAGUGUUGGUUGAACUGGCAGAGAAUGGAAAGAAAGCGCUAGUCAAUAAAGAUGACAUUCAGAAGAUGAAUCCCCCCAAGUUCUCAAAGGUGGAAGACAUGGCAGAAUUAACCUGUUUAAAUGAAGCCUCUGUAUUGCAUAAUUUAAAGGAUCGGUAUUACUCUGGGCUCAUCUAUACCUAUUCAGGGCUGUUCUGCGUAGUUAUAAACCCCUACAAGAACCUCCCGAUUUACUCAGAGAACAUCAUAGAGAUGUACAGAGGGAAGAAGCGCCACGAAAUGCCACCACACAUUUAUGCCAUAUCUGAGUCUGCAUACAGAUGCAUGCUGCAAGACCGUGAGGACCAAUCCAUUCUCUGCACGUAAGUGAGCUCUGCUUUUCGUUUGGGCACUUCUGGAAAUCUUUGGUGACAGAGGGGAAGAUCUCAGGUUAACAUUGUUGAUUAAAGCUGUGGUUGUUACAGCUUGGUCUUCUGCCUUGACAAGCAGCAAGUAGUUGUUAAAGGCAGGAUGAAGUGGUGUUCCAUGUAGGGAGAUACUCUUAGUAAUGUAAUUUUCCUUAUUGAGAGUUGUUACAGGUGUGUGUGGCACUGAAGAAUUGCAGUUUCAAAGAUGUCAGUCAAGAUACCUGAAUCAGAGAGAGUUCCCUAAGUGUGUGUAUCUGUCAGAGAGCUCUGUUACAGUGCUCAGUACGGUGCCUUGGGGAACGUGAAUCAGUGCUGGUCUCCCUGCUGAGCAGCAGCAGCGCCUUUGACUUGCUUCAAACAAGAGAACUCUGGACAAGCUGAUGCUAAAAUUUCCUUCUUCAUUUCUGUGUGGGUGCCUGAAUUUGCCCCACCCAGGAGCAGAUUUCCAGUGUAAGUGUCACGGGGAGCUGGCAAUGAAGGCUGGGCAGCAGAGCAGUACAAGUGCACGGUCUGGCUUAUGGCACUGCUGAGCCGGUCUGUCCUUGGGCUGCUGCUAAAAGGGCUGAUCCAGUUUCACCUCCUUUCACAUGCUGUGUUUGUGCUGCCUUUUAAGUUAGCACUGGCUGCUGGUGCUCCAUCGUAAGGCAGUUUAGGGAGGUAAGCUAGCAAAAAAACCGCCCUGACCACAGAAUGCUGCUUUCCAUCUGCUCACUUCUCCGGGCCAGCAGUGUGCGAAGGAGGGAUGAACGUGAGGAAGGAAGGCAAAGGGACAUGUCACAGUUACUAGCAGCUGGCUAGUUAGACUGGUUUGUGUAUUGUGAAACCACACCACGGCUGUGCUGAAACUGCUUGCAAUUAGCUGUUUUGGAUAUAACUUGGAUAUACCCAAUUAUCUGAGUGGAGGAGGGAAGAUGUGGUGGCUGCAUGCUCCUGCCUUGGCUGUGUGAGCAGUUGGCCAUGCGUUGUGCCAGUGCAUAGCAGCUGCUUUGAGGCCAUAGUUGGUGAGGGUGCCUGCUUCCUGAAAUAGCUCAAUAGUGAGAUUAACUGCUGGGAAGGUUCAGUUUAACUGCCUGACUAACUGCUAGGUACAGUUUGUUCACUGACAUGAAGUUCAGAUCUUCCACCUACUUCCUGUAAAAGAACCUUAACUACCAGACGAGAGGAUCCAUCUUCAGUCUUGCUGAUAAGGCUUUGCUCUUUCAAACCAUAGAUACUAUAAAUACAAGAUGCACAGGGCCUAGGGACACAGAAGCAAAUGCAAUUCUGUUGGUAAGGUCAAGGCACAGUCAGCUAAUACAGAUUUGCCUAGUUCUCUUGUCCCUUCUCUUAGUAGGACUUGUUUUUUGUGAUAACUAUUUUACAUGUGAUGUACAAGACAGCCCUCAAAACACAAAUGAGAUCCUGGAGCAAAA